AUGAAAUCAUCAGGUGUUGGCGCGGAGAAGGAGGAGGAGGCAGAUAUUAUUGAUGAUGAGGUGCGGGUGGCAUCCCCGCUCGCAUCUGUCUCCCCAAUCCCAGCUAGUUGUUCCACCGCAGCCCGAAGGGAUGCAUCCAAGACCUCUGUCACUGGCAGGAAUCGGAGUAAAAGACCAUGCAGGAGCUGUUCCCUGAGGAGUAAAACUUCUACCCCCACUCCUGGAUCCUGCCUGAGGAGUACAACUUCUACCACCGCUCCUGGAUCCUGCCUGGGGAGUACAACUUCUAUCCCCGCUCCUGGAUACUACCUGAGGAGUACAACUUCUACCCCCACUCCUGGAUCCUGCCUGGGGAGUACAACUUCUAUCCCCGCUCCUGGAAACUACCUGAGGAGUACAACUUCUACCCCCACUCCUGGAUCCUGCCUGAGGAGUACAACUUCUAUCCCCGCUCCUGGAUACUACCUGAGGAGUACAACUUCUACCCCCACUCCUGGAUCCUGCCUGGGGAGUACAACUUCUAUCCCCGCUCCUGGAAACUACCUGAGGAGUACAACUUCUACCCCCCGCUCCUGGAUCCUGCCUGGGGAGUACAACUUCUACCACCGCUCCUGGAUCCUGCCUGGGGAGUACAACUUCUAUCCCCGCUCCUGGAUACUACCUGAGGAGUACAACUUCUACCCCCACUCCUGGACCCUACCUGGGGAGUACAACUUCUAUCCCCGCUCCUGGAUACUACCUGAGGAGUACAACUUCUACCCCCCACUGCUGGAUCCUACCUGGGGAGUACAACUUCUACCACCGCUCCUGGAUCCUGCCUGGGGAGUACAACUUCUACCCCCACUCCUGGAUCCUACCUGGGGAGUACAACUUCUAUCCCCGCUCCUGGAUCCUGCCUGGGGAGUACAACUUCUACCCCCCGCUCCUGGAUACUACCUGAGGAGUACAACUUCUACCCCCCGCUCCUGGAUCCUGCCUGAGGAGUACAACUUCUAUCCCCGCUCCUGGAUACUACCUGAGGAGUACAACUUCUACCCCCACUCCUGGAUCCUAGCUGGGGAGUACAACUUCUAUCCCCGCUCCUGGAUCCUGCCUGGGGAGUACAACUUCUACCCCCCGCUCCUGGAUCCUGCCUGGGGAGUACAACUUCUACCCCCCGCUCCUGGAUCCUGCCUGAGGAGUACAACUUCUAUCCCCGCUCCUGGAUCCUGCCUGGGGAGUACAACUUCUACCCCCCGCUCCUGGAUCCUGCCUGGGGAGUACAACUUCUACCACCGCUCCUGGAUCCUGCCUGAGGAGUACAACUUCUACCCCCCGCUCCUGGAUCCUGCCUGAGGAGUACCAGCUUUUCUCCACACAGAACCCCGUCAGAAGAACCUGAGCCAUGUCCUCAUGCACCUGACCAACUACUCCCUCAACGUCCAGAGCGGGAACUUCGUCCACCCUGACAGCCUUUCGUCGGGAAACAAGCGCACCUUCUCCAGCGUGCUCUACCGCCUGGCCUCUAAAGGAGUGGACAUCAAGAAGGUGUGGUCAGACAUCAUCUCUCUGGUCAUCAAGAUGGUCAUCGCUCUGGUCCCUGAGCUCAAGGUCUACUACCUGGGUGACAUACUGCCUG